CAAAAUAUCGGGGGGUAAAUCUAUGAGUUAUUGGAUUAUAUUGAAAUAUUGUUUCUAUACCGGUUGAUCGAUUGAGAAACAUUUUGGUUUUACAUAUUUAUCAAAUAGACAACAAGUCAAAUAUCCAAUGUCGAGAACGUGAAAGUACUACGACGAGUUUUAGCAGGAAUUGAAGAGAGCACCCCUACAACUGUGUCCCAUGGUACGACCCAGUCGUUAGAGCUUCACUGUGGCUCCAGAACUUUUAAUAAGCGAUGGGGAGGAAGAGGAGGAGGGAGAAGCAGCUGUUAACGUCUCCGCUGUCAUGGUGCAUCCCGGUGGAUACAACUACACGGUCUGAGGAAGGAGCUUUGAGAAGACCUGCGACCGAAGUGUGAACGCCUCACCUCCUGAGAUAUGAUGAUGCAAUAUGGACAAGCUGCCUUGGAACCGAUAAAAAGAGAAGGAUAGAGAGGAGCAAGAGGAGAUCGAAGCAGUGAAAUAGCGAGAGUGCUUAUCACAGACAUACAGAAGACAACAUGUCUGCCUCGAUAAAGCAGGAGAGAACCAUUUGUGUUCUCCUCCCCAACAAAGAACAGCUGGACAUCACUGUCAGGCCAAAGUCCACAGGGCAGGAUGUUUUCAAUCGUGUGACAGAGCUUCUCGGAGUCAAAGAGCUGUUCUUCUUUGGCCUCACAGUGGUGAAGGACAAUGAGCACAUCUUUUUAGAUAUGGAGGAGAAACUGACCAAGUACUUUCCCAAGGAAUGGAGGCAAGAUUCAGGAAAGGCACUUCACAAGAGACCUUUGCCUCUCGUACUCUUCCUCAAAGUGCAGUACUACGUGGAAAAUGGGAGACUCAUUUGUGAGCGAAAGGCACGACAUCUAUACUACUCCGACUUGCGUGAGCGCAUGCUUCGCUCUGAAUGUCGUCAGCAGGAGGAGGUUUACUUCCAGCUGGCAGGUUACGCCUUGCAGGCUGACCUCGGCGACCACCCGCUGCCCAGGGAGUAUGGAGAGAUCACCCCGUACUUUGAACUCAAGGAUUACUUUCCCCCGUGGAUUGUAGCUAAGCGUGGGGUGAACUACCUCCUCUGCCAUGGGCCCAAAGUGCACCAGGAGCUGUGGGGCAUGUCUGCCCGAGACGCCAUCCUCCUCUUCAUCCGGGAGUCGUGUCGACUGGAGGAUGUACCAGUCACAUUUUACAGACUGCAAAAGGAUAAAAAGGAGGAGAGAGGAACGGCGUUGCUCGGUCUGACCCUACGAGGAAUGCAGGUUUAUCAGGAGGUAAACAACACGCGACAGCAGCUGUACAACUUCCCCUGGUCAAACGUGGGACGUCUCACCUUUCUGGGUAAGAAAUUCGAGAUCCAGCCAGAUGGCUUGCCAUCAGCUCGGAAGCUGGUCUAUUACACUGGAUCAUCGUUCCGCUCUCGCCACCUCCUCCUGCACCUGAGCAGCUGCCAUCGCCUCUACCUCAGCCUCCAGCCGUCCCUCAAACACCUACGCCAUCUCCAGGAGAGCGAAGAGAAAAAGCGUUACAGAGAAUCAUACAUCAGCGAUGACCUGGACCUGGACCCCGCCGGCAGCGAAAGCAGCCCUGGUCUGUCUCGCCACUCGACCAGCAGCUCUGGGAUCGAAGCUGACGCCCGCCAACACAGCAUCUCCACGGAGCUGGCCUCUAUGGAGGAUGAGAGUCAGCAGCAAGGAGAGCAGUGCUUCAGCCAAGCAGUGAGCCGCAGCAGCUCCUGCAUCUCCGGGUUCGACGCCAGCAGUAAGAGUCGAAUAGAAGAUGACGGCUGGCAAGAAGAAGGAAUCAAGAGCAAUGUUGAAAGUCCGAAGGAAGCUCUUGUAGAUGAUCCUGAUGAGAUGUUCCAGUUGGCGGAUCUUCUUGAAGGAGUGUCAGUGGAUUGUGCUGAAGUCCCCUCAGUCACACAUGUAUCCGAAAACAAAGUUACUCCCCCAGACUCUGAUGAAACUGGUAAAUUGCACAAUGAUGAUCUGUUAAAACAGAUGCUGAAAUCUAAAGCACACGUGGGCGUGGAUCGGCACAGCCACAGUCUAGAUGACAUCAGCCUCUUUCCACCUCCGACUCCCCUGGGGACGACGCUGCUGCCCGAUUCCUCCCACAGCUACACCUUCGGGUUCCCGGAAAUCUCUCCAAACCCAAAGACCCCUGUUGAACUCACUUUUUUCCCUCUCUUUCACUGCCAAGACAAACCCUUGUUCUAUGGCCGCAAGUCAACCAACAGCAUUUCUCUGGACAUGUUAGGUGAUGAACAGUUCCUUGAAUUCAUACUUUGAAUACCUGAUGCCUGUAAAACGUCUUUUCUCUUCCUUCAUUCCGAAUGCAACUGAACUCACAGGCUGCCAAUGCGUGAAUAUGUAUUUUAUGAGUGGUGGUGAUGAAAAUGAGGGUGUGCCUGAAUUUCCAGAGACAUUACUGAAGAUGACGGGAAUGCUCACUCCUCCUGGAAAAGUUCUGGAUUAGACAACAGAUCCAAUCAAACAAUUUCAAUAUCCGUAAAGCAAGCAUAUUUAUUAAUGUUGUAUAUUGUGUUCACACACUACUUGCACUAUUUUAUUAUAUUCCAUCUUCUUAAAGCAAAUGCAUUUUAAUCAUUUUUACUGUAACUUGUAAAGUUGACGCUGUCAAAAACUUAUGCAAGUUUGAGAUUAGUGUUGAGGCUGUAAAGUUUUGAAAUGUUAAUGCGAUACAUUUGAAAUACAUGAUUGGUUUAUUUUUACGUUAACACCUAAACUGCAGUGUGCUCCUAUAUUCCUUUAGCCUUUAUUUUUUUAAACCAUGUUUGACAAUGUACUCUAUUUUUGUAUAGUGUGCUCUGUCAUGCGUUUCCUAUUAGUCUCCCACAGCAAUGUACCUGCUGGUGUGGAAAAUUGAUUGAAGCUCUUUACGGCUGGUAAUGCAUUCAUCCAAAGCUUCCCCCAUUUGCUAUUCUCCUCCCGCUUUUCAUAAUUACUACAGAAAAGUAUUAAUUGUAAAGCGCUAUUUCUGUAAGCUGUCGGUGUGUGAUGAAUCUGCAGUAUCUGCCGUGUUAUAUAAGCCACAGAACAAAGAGUCUUUCAGUCAGCUUUGUUUUGACAUUAUUUUGUGGACGAUAAUUGCAAAAUAACUGUUGUCUUUAGCCAAUAUGAGCUCACUGGAAAAGAAUGUCGGCCCUUAAAUGCAGAGCUAUUUUUCCAAUUGUGAAUGAAAAACUCACAAUACUGAACAAUUUACUUUUUUUAUCUAAAGCACUGUUUUGUUUUUUUAUCAUAGUGAAAAUAAAUUCUUAAUGCCACAAAAUAAAAACUUUUUUGUUGUGAUAUUUAUGCCUCUUUGAUGGUGACAUCCAGUGGCCGCAGGCAAUUUGUCUUCAGGUUGUUGAUCUAUCCAUCGAUUCAUCCGUCCAUCCAUCCGUCCAGUGAACACGUUCAUAUUGUAGCAUCCUCGCGUAUAGACGACAGGAAACUUCUCUCUUUAUGUGUAACUUUAUUAAAGUCCAGCGAACACGACACACUUCUUGCUCGUAACUCCGACACUCCUACCCAAUAACUUUUGGACUGUAAACAGAUGCACACACAGGCAGACAAAUUUGUAAGCUAUAAAAAACAAUACAAAUAUAUAAUAAAAAAUAUCAAAUAGUCCUGUACUGAUUACAUGUCGUAUCGACACAAAUAAACAUUAAUAAUGUCCACAAUCGGGGUGAUUCUUACCUCUAUAUUGUUCUUUCUUCUCCUCCUCUACUUUGCAGGGCUUUCUGAAUUGUGCACCUGAUAAUUCCAUCUUUUUUUUAUUUAUCUUUGACUCUAACCGCAGUCUAUCACUGCAGCGUGUACGUAAGGGAAACACCUGAGGGGGAAGCGCAAAUUCUGUGUGAGCCGCCGCCUUACUGUUCACACAGGGAGCCAUCCAGGAGGAUGUUUUAGAUGCUGGCUUGCCUGUCCACGGAGCCACGGUUGGUGACAUCAGCAAAUGUCCCUACCAUGCUGCCAAAAUGAGUAGGUUUGUAUACAUCUAUUUGUAUGCAUCAUGCUGCUAUGAGGAACUGUUGUGAGGUGAAGUGAAACUCCCUUCUUGUUUUUCUGUUCAUGCUGAAAUAAAGUGGAUUCACUUGG